CCUUUCCUAUCCGUGCUAGCGUGCCAGAAUGGACAUACCAAAAUUCGAAGAGCUUUUGAAACAAAUCAAAAUGAAUUUCUGGCUAAUGGGAAUCCCGUUUGACAAUCCGAAAAUACAAAUAAGAUAUUACGUGCUGUUAUUACCUCUGUCACUUAUGUUGAUCGAGGAAAUUGCAUUUUUCGGUUCGAGAAUGUCGUCGGAGAAUUUUCUGGAACUAACACAAUUAGCACCCUGCAUUUGCAUCGGGGUGCUGUCUGUAUUAAAAAUCUUAGCUUUAACAGUGAAAAGACAAAAAAUUUACGAGUUGACUCAGAAUCUUGAAUGUCUUCACAAAAUUAUUUUAAACGACACCAGAAAGACGGAGCUUGUGAGAAAGAAUCUUGUUCUCAUAAAGUUCAUAACGAAGUAUUUCUUCGUUUUGAACGCCGUCCUCAUUUUCGUUUACAAUUUUUCGUCUCCAGUCAUCAUAGCGUAUAAUUAUAUUGUUAGUAACGAGGUUCAGUUCGUUCUGCCCUAUGCGGUACUGUUGCCUUUUAAAACUGAUUCCUGGAUCCCGUGGCUUAUUGUAUACGUAUAUUCCAUCUUCUGUGGGUUCACGUGUGUGUUAUAUUACGCAACAGUCGACGUACUUUACUGUGUGCUGACUUCGCUCGUGUGUAACAAUUUCUCGCUAAUUAGCUUCAAACUUCAGAAAGUAAAUAGAAACACGGCCCAUUUACUAAAAGAGGUCGUGAAGGAACAACAGUAUGUAUUAAAACUCGCCGAGGAUUUGGAAAAUAUUUUCACAGCUCCAAACCUAUUUAAUGUUUUGAUUGGAUCCGUCGAAAUUUGCGCACUUGGCUUCAAUUUGAUGAUUGGCGAUUUGACCCAAAUACCUGGCUGCAUUCUGUUCCUAUCAUCAGUAUUGCUUCAAAUUUUAAUCAUGAGUGUAUUCGGGGAAAACUUAAUUUCUGAGAGUAGCAGAAUUGCCGAAGCUGCGUUUCUGUGCAAAUGGUAUGAAAUGGACCAGAAAUCCAAAAAGACUAUUCUCACAAUUAUGAUAAGAUCGCAUAAGCCCAAAAAACUAACGGCGUACAAGUUCUCAGUAAUAGGUUACGGAAGUUUUAGCAAAAUAAUAAGUACGUCGUGGUCUUAUUUUACAAUCUUGAGGACUGUAUAUACACCACCAGGCACGAAAUUUCAGGAUGAUUUGUAGGAAAAAUCAUCAUAUCAGCUGCUUCCUAGCUUUUCCACGCAUUUUAGGAGAAUCUUUAGCAACUAGCAGUGGCUUGGCAGUGCUCUUGGUAUCGCUGAUGAUCAUGAGUGAAGGUAACACACCAUGCUCGCAUGUCUACAAUGGUAAAUCAUAAAUAAAUAUGACUCAGACAUCUAUUUCAAGGAUUUUCGCGUGUCUGGUACCAGAUAUUUGCAUAAAUAACGAAUUGGAAACUUGAAUGUCCAAAAUAUUUAAAAAGGAUACAUAACAAGAAUGGAACUCUCCCCUCGUGCUAUUCUCAAAGUAGAAUGGUCUGCUGGAAGCAGUCGGCUUCCAACAUUUUUUAGCGACCUUCGCUAAGUCGCCUGCCCAAUUUGUUAAUUACACUAAAACUCACCAAAAUCUAAUAUUACCUGCAUUAGUGCACUGUUACCUCAAUUCUUUGUAUUAGCAAAAAAUAUGUAGUCUAUUAGAUUCUUUAAAAUUAUUUAGUUAUUAAUUCGAGCUUAAUUUUUUUUCACUCGUAAUAUUAUAUAUGUUUCGGACUUGAUGUUUAAUGUUGGUGAAUUAAAG